AGUGCCUUGAAGUGUCUUAAGAAUGAACUAGAAAUGUUGUCUUUUGCCAUAGUACAAAGGAAAGCAAGCGUUGUAAAAUUGGGAAACUCAGCAAAAGCAAGAACAAAGAUAAGACAGAAGAUGUCUAGUGAUCAGAAAAACAUUGACAAAAAAAUGCGCAUAUUCAACGUAUUACAGUUUGUUGUGCAUGGUCAAGAAGAAACAGUAAGACUCGACGAGUGUUCUCUGGUUGAUGGCAUGUUUCCCUGGACUCUCAAUGAAAUUUCUGUUCGACUGAAAUGUAAAAUUGUUGACAAGUUCGAACAUUUAGAAAGACUGGAGGAGGAGUUAAUUCUUAUUAAGCAAGAGAUGAGUAAUUAUUUGCGAUAUUACAAAGAUAUCGUUAUUCCAAAGUUGAAAGCGGAAGUAAAAGACAUGGAACAAAGUCUAAACUCAGAAAGAGUUUCAGUGAAAGACACUAGGGAAUGUUUGUCAAAUGAAAGAGUUGAAUCUGAGAAAUCCUUGUAUGCUUCUUCGUCUCAUAAAUCAAGACGUGUUAUUUUGGGUGAGAUAGCUUUGCGAUACAAGGGUAUAAACUUUGCAAAGCAACAGCUAGACCUUGGAUCCAAGCACUUCUCCUGUAUUAACAGUCGCGAUGUUUUGGAUACUUUAGUUAGCAAUGAGAGUGAUAUUGAAAGCUACAGCGACAAUGAAGACGAUGAUCUUUUUGAUGACAAUGGUUCUGAUGAUAAGAUCGAUGAUUGCUAAUGUUGCUAGUGAUAAAUGACUUGUUAUUAAACUUGUAUUUGUACUGUAUGAUAACAGAAUCCAGCUACAAUGAGUGGGUGCAACCAUGAAACCCCUGCCUUAGAGCAACUAAUACGGGUCAUAAUUAUCAUUCCCGGGGGACUGGAAGCAUUGUUAUCCAUUACUGAUAUGAUCUGUUGCAAAAAACGGGGAAAACGCCAUAAAUUAUCAUUUGUAAUAUUAAAAAGUGAAACGUGCAUUUUGAAAAGUCCUUAAAUAUUCUUAUUAUGAUUUUUUCUUUUAUCUCAACAUUACGCGAGGUUACACGUUUGUUUUGGUCUAGUGUUAUCUUUUAUUGUUGAUUUUUUUUGUAACGUUCUAUUCUUGUUACACAUAAAUCAGUUGUAAAAACCAUGGUGUAAAAUUAAAGUGCAAUUUUUCCUCGUUGUA